AUGGACGAUGAAUCAGGACGUUGGCACGUUGCAUACUUUUCAAACGCGCAUAACCACCACGUUCUUGAGUUACGAUUUUCUUCCAUGCUCCCAAGCCAUCGGAGGAUGAGCGAAGCAGACAUCGAGCAGAUGAACGACAUGCGCAAAUGGGGCAUUGGCGUCUCGCGAAUCCGCAGUUUUAUGGCGAGCCUGACCGGCGGGUAUCAUAAUGUCCCCUACAUAACAAGGGACAUGCACAAUGUAAAUGCGAAGCAACGAAGAGAGGGUGGCCUAGAUGCGGAAUCGUGCUUAAGGUAUCUCCGAGAGUGCAAGGCAAAUGAUCCAACACUAUACUACAAAGAAGUUGUUGACGAGGAGGGCGUGUUACAACAUUUGUUUUGGUGUGACGGCACCAGCCGAAUUGAUUACCAGGUAUUUGGAGACGUGGUUGCAUUUGAUGCAACCUACAAGAAAAACGUUUACCUUUUACCUCUUUUAGUAUUCUCCGGUGUGAAUCACCACAACCAAACGGUUCUCUUUGCCGCUGCACUCGUGGCAGACGAGAAAGAAGAGACCUAUGUUUGGCUGUUUCAAUAG